AUGGAAUAUCCAGAGGAUACUCCUCGCUCUCGUAUGGAUAUUAGACUUUAUGAUUCAGAUGUUGAAGAAAUUGAUGAUAAAUCUAUGUUAAGACAAAAAAGAAAAAUUACAACUUUACCUGAUGAUUCUUCAUUAUUAAAUAAAAAUUCACCAGUAACUACCCCAACACAAAGGAAAAAUAGAAAUAGAUUAUCACCAAUUAAAUCAAAUGUAUUUGUUGAUAGAAUUUCAAAUUCACCUUUAUCAAAAUAUUCAUUACAAAACAGUCCAACUAAAAAACCAAUAUCAAAUAGAGAAGAAGUUUAUGUUAGAGAUGAUAUUUUAUCAUUAAAAUCAGAAGUUAGAUCUUUAAAAAAGGAAAUUCUUAAAAGAGAUGAAGAACGAUUGAAAAGGGAUAAAGAAUUAGAACUUGAAAAUUUAAAUUUAAAAGAAAAAUUAAAUAAUUCAAAAGAUAUAGAUAAUAACGAUUAUGAUAAUAAUGAUAAUGAUAAUAACAAUAAUAAACAAAAUCUGAUUCAAUGUUAUUUGCUACAAUCUGAAAAUAAUGAUUUAAAUUCAAAAUUGAAGAAACAAAUUGAUAUAAAUAAAAAAUAUAAAUAUUCAAAUCAAUUAUGGGAAUCAAGAUUUGAUACACUUCAAAAACAAUAUAAUGGAUUAUUAGAUGUUUUUAAAUUACAAUCUACAUUUGUUGAUAUGUUAAAAUUACAAUUGGAUAAUGAUUCAAAAAAUCAAAUAUCAAGAGACCAUAAUGAAAUAAUCAAAAAUGAAGAAUUAGUAAAUAAAGUAGCAGAACUAAUUAAAACUUUAGAAAAAACGAAAGAAUUAAACACACCUAUAACAACUUCAUCUACACCAAGUAUUAAUAAUAUAACAUCACCUAUUUUAAAAAAAGACAAAUCAAAUUCAAUUGCAACAAAAGUUGAUAAAUCAAUUCUAAGUAUUGUUACCCCAGAUUCUACUCAAUCAAAAAAUCUGAAAUCAAAUGAAAAAUCAAUUUUAAAUCAAUUUAAUGAAGAUCAAGAUAAAUUUAUUGAAAAAAUUAUUGAAGGUGUUAGUAAUAAAUUAAAUUUACAACAUCAAAUUAUCAAAUCACCUAAUGUAUUAUCUGAUAAAUCAAGUAUAAACUCUCAUACACGAAUCCAUAACAAAUCCAAACCAUUUCCAAAUUUGGAUGAAACUCACCAAGAAAUUUUCAAUUCACCACUUGCAGAAAAAAAGUUCCCUCAAAAAUUGAAUAGACCAAUAUCUACUAACCAAAUUAAUAAGUCGACUCAAACCUCAAUACAUUUAUUACCUGGUCAAUCAAUUAGAGAAGAAGUAAAAGAUAGAAAAUUAGAAGAAUCAGAAAUAAAUGAAAAAAUUUCAGAAAAUUCAACUAACCAAGGUAAACGUUCACAAUCCGUGAACUCGACAAAUCAAAUCAAAGACCAUUCAAGUCCAAAUUCUACUGACAAAUUAAACGAGAAUUUUGUCGAUUCCUUUAAUGCAUCAAACAUAUCGAUUCGAAGCAAUAAAUCAUCGUCGCUUAGUUCAUCAACUUCAAAAUUAAAUACAACUUCUAAAGGCUACGAGCCAUUAUCUAAAUCGUUCACUUCUAAAAGUUCAAAGCAUGAAAAUAAAAAUAAUUUAAAUUCCAUGAAAAUAUAUGAAGAACAAGAAGAUAAAACUCAAGAAUUAAAUCUUAAUGAAAUGUUUAAAUUAAGUUCAAAUUGUUGUGAUCAAGAUAAAGAAUAUACUGCUUCUUGUAUGAUCAAAGGUGUAGAAAUUAUUAACAAAUCUUAA